CAAUAACGUUGCGCGUUGAACAUUUCCCUCGCAGCACCUCACUUACCAAUCCCUUACCUUAAAGAACAUUGAAUACACGAAGCUGAUAACGUGGACGUCUGAUGAGUCCUGGCCUAUUCUGAUGUCAGAUGAAGUCUGAUUAUUUGUCAGCAUCUUACUUGUCUACCGGGGGUUGUUCAGAGCGGUUUCCUGGAUUGUGUUCCGCCCUAUUUGCUGUUGGUGAGAUCGGGAGGUGAAGCCAUGGCUCCUCCCACCGUCCUUCUCUUCUGCUAUCGCCUUCCAACAAUCACCGCAACCGAAUUCCGCGACUACAUCGAGAACAUCCAUGCCCCGCUCGUGGAGUCGCUGCUGGGCGACAAGCAUCCAUUAAGCCAUACUCGCUACUACACCAACAAAGACUCGGGCUUCGCCGUUGGAUCGCCGACAUCCGACGAUGCAGACUUGAUCGCAGUCAUCACGUAUGCGAGCGAAGAGCAUUUCCACGAGAGCAUGAGAGCGCGCAACGCGGAGGGCAUUGGGGAGGUUAUCCGGGCGGAUGAAGCCAAGUUCAUGGACAGGUCCAAGGUAAAGGUGAUAAAGAUUGGCCACGAGAAUAUUGGCAAGAUGCACAAAGAGGGUCAUUGAGUGGCGACGCUUCACUGCCAUGCCGACAUGCCGUGCUUGGUGGCUGUGAUGGACUCCGGGGAAUCUCAUCUUGUCGCGACUCUUUACGUCCCGAGUUGUACUUCCGAUCGGCCGGGUACAUCCCAUCACUU